AUGGCGACGACGCCGACGGCCAGCAACAAGCUCGUCGCGCAAAAGACGCACUACACCUCGCGACCCGUCGACAUCCCCGAAUCGUUCCUGCAGACGCCGCCCUCCGCGCCCAUCACCUUCCGGCACGUCCCCUUCGCCGACUCGGCGCUGCCCGAGUACGCGGGCUGCCUGGCGGUAGUGCUCGACAACGUAUUGGCGGAGGAGGAGUGCGGCGAGCUGCUGCGGCUGGCCGAGGCGUCGUCGGACGACGCCGCGUCGCCGUGGCGCCCGGCGCUGGUCAACGUCGGCGGCGGCUUCGAGGUGUCCGUGGCGGACUACAGGAACAGCGACCGCAUCAUCUGGGACAGCCAGGCGGUGGUGGACCGGAUCUGGCAGCGGUGCUUGCUCGCCCGUGGCGAGGGCGAGGGUGAGUCGAUCGCGGGGAUGCUGAGCGAGACGCCGGGGAAUCGGGGCGGUGGGAGGUGGGCUUUUGAGCGACUGAAUGAGAGGAUGCGGUUUUUGAAGUACACCAACGGCCAGUUCUUCAAGCCGCACUGUGAUGGCAAGUAUGGCUUCGUGGAGGACGGCGUGGAGUUUGAGACGCACUACACGCUGCAUCUGUACCUGAACGACUCGGCGGCGGCGGAGGGAGGGGACGGAUGCGUGGGGGGCGCGACGUCGUUCCUCUCGCAGGAUUUGACGCGCAGGCUGGAUGUAGAGCCUAAGGCGGGCAGCGUGCUGAUAUUCCAGCAUAGGGGGCUGCUGCAUCAGGGCGCCGAGGUGCUGGGCGGGACAAAGUACACGAUGAGGACGGACAUUGUGUACCGUUGGGUGCCGGAGUAG